AGGAAUAGAUUGGAUAAAUUGACUACUGACCUCUGCUGGCAAGGACCUUCCGUCUACCUAGCUCUCCUUUCGUGGCCCAUGUGCUGCGUCCUCUGCCCUCAGUGUGCACCCGGCCCCCAACGCAAUGUGUGUUUGUCAAACCAUGGAAGUGGGGCAGUAUGGCAAGAACGCAAGUCGGGCCGGAGACCGGGGAGUCCUCCUAGAGCCCUUCAUCCAUCAGGUGGGCGGACACAGCAGCAUGAUGCGCUACGACGACCACACCGUGUGCAAACCCCUCAUCUCCCGGGAGCAGCGUUUCUACGAGUCCCUUCCUCCCGAAAUGAAGGAGUUCACCCCCGAGUACAAAGGUGUGGUGUCUGUCUGCUUCGAGGGGGACAGUGAUGGUUACAUCAAUUUAGUGGCUUACCCUUACGUGGAAAGCGAGAUCAUGGAGCAGGAUGACACGCCAGAGCGGGAGCAACCUCGGCGCAAACAUUCUCGCCGGAGCCUGCACCGUUCAGGCAGUGGCAGUGACCAUAAGGAGGAGAAAGCCAGCCUGUCCCUUGAGAACACUGAAAGCUCCCAGGAGGCAAAGAGUCCAAAGGUGGAGCUCCACAGCCACUCAGACGUCCCUUUCCAGAUGCUGGAUGGCAAUAGUGGUCUGAGUUCGGAGAAGAUUAGCCACAACCCUUGGAGCCUGCGCUGUCACAAGCAGCAGCUGAGCCGCAUGCGCUCAGAGUCCAAGGACCGAAAGCUCUACAAGUUUCUCCUGCUUGAGAAUGUUGUGCAUCACUUUAAGUACCCCUGUGUGUUGGACCUGAAGAUGGGUACCCGGCAACAUGGGGAUGACGCAUCAGCAGAGAAGGCAGCGCGACAGAUGAGGAAGUGUGAGCAGAGCACAUCAGCUACCCUGGGUGUCAGGGUCUGUGGGAUGCAGGUAUACCAGCUGGACACAGGGCAUUACCUCUGCAGGAACAAAUACUACGGCCGUGGACUCUCCAUUGAAGGCUUCCGCAAUGCUCUCUAUCAGUACCUGCACAAUGGCCUGGACCUGCGACGAGACCUUUUUGAACCUGUCCUGAGCAAACUUCGGGGCCUAAAAGCUGUCCUGGAGCGGCAGGCCUCCUACCGCUUCUACUCCAGUUCCCUGCUUGUCAUCUAUGACGGCAAAGAGUGCCGUCCUGACUCCUACCUGGACCGCCGGUCGGAAAUGCGUCUCAAGCACCUGGACACAGGGCUUUCUGAGGUGGCCUCAUCCUGUGGCCCCAGCACCAGCCCUAGCACGAGCCCCGAGGCAGGUCCUUCCUCUCCACCCAAGGUGGAUGUUCGCAUGAUCGACUUUGCACACAGCACGUUCAAGGGUUUCCGGGAUGAUCCCACUGUGCAUGAUGGGCCAGACAGAGGUUACGUGUUUGGCCUGGAGAACCUCAUCAGCAUCAUGGAACAAAUGCGGGACGAAAAUCAGUAGGCCCACCGUGGGCCCCCAGGACCCCUUCCUCUCCACUUGCAGGCAGGGACCAUUGCUCUGAACUCUCCGUGACGACACACAGACUUGCUUUAAAAGGGUUAUAUUUCUCUUUGGUGUAAACUAAAAGAAAUGUUUUUAGCGGUAGCCUGGAAUCUAUAUAUAAAAAGUGGAGGCUAGAACA